ACUUGUUGAGGCAAGCAAGCAUAAGUGAACAUGGCAAAGUUAGCGAUCUUCUUCUUGGUGGCUGUGGCUUUUCAAGCCAGUUUCGCCGUACCAACUUUCUACGAAGAUAAUACUCUUCUUAAGUACGUGAGCGAAAUCCGCAACGAAGUACAAGACAUCACCUUGUACCUCGAAAAAGACUUCCCCGAAGAUCGCUUGGCUCUUAAAACCGUCACUUGGCAAUGUCACAAACUUGUUGAAGCUAUCCAAGUAAUCAUCAACAAGCUCCACGAAGAAACCUUCACCUACCGAAGUGAAGGAGUUGGCAUCUUCAGAGAAGUCGUCUCCCUUUUGAAGGAAGUGCGUGACUCGCUCAAACAAAUCACCCUCUACAAUGAAAUCACCAACAUCCACGAAGUUAAGAAGAACUUCAUCGUCUCCAUCAACCUGGUUCUUGAGCGUUUCGAAAAAUUGGUGCAACUCACCUACAAACUCUACCCUGAAUUCCAAUACACUUUGAAAUACCUUUUCGUCGACUUCUUGACUACCAUCCGCGGAAUCCGUUCCCACUUUAUCCACAUCAACGAAGGUUUGGAAGUUGUCAAAGCUCCACGCGUGUUGAUCAAGGAAAUCCACGAAUACACCAACGAAGUUACCCAGCUUCUCCAGGAAGUUGUCCACCCAACCCAAAUUAAGGUAGCCCUCCGCGAAUACCUCAUCGCCGUCAACGAAAUCGUCCGCAAGUUGCAAGAAGAGACCGUCUUGGGACACAAAGAACUCGACCUUGUCUUACAUCAGCUCACCAUCAAACUUCGUGAAAUCGUAUACCCCAUCAUGGAAAUCAUGACCGAAAACACCGUUGAUGUCACAGUCUUCAGAACCCAAAUCAUCAGCAACUUGCGCGAAGUUGUUGCCAUCUUCGAGCAGUUGGUACAGCUCUGCGAAGACAAAGUCUUGCCCGUAGAAAUCAGAACUCUUCUCGUCAGAGUCAUCUACCACUACUUCUACGCCGUCAAGCACGUUAUCCAAGAAACCAGAUUCGGUAACAAGAUCGGUUUCUACACUCCCAAGUACUACUCCACCGAAUUCUAUGGCAAGCACGGAUACGGACUCUACGAAAAGGAAUUCCACAACCGCUUCUACACCCCAUACCAAUACGAAACCAAAUACUACAACAUUCCCUUCGAAUACAAGAACAUUGAAAACAACUACUACAACCCAUACAGCUACGAAACUCUUUUCCCCGUUCACCAGAACCAAAUCGAGUCUUUCUAUUGCAAAAACCUCCAGUGGAACAAAUACGAAUCCCCCAAGGAUUUAGUCUUAACCGUCCAAAUGCUUGUCAAACGCAUCUUCAACCGCUUCGAACACAACACCUGGGAAGUUACCGAUGUCAACACCGUUCUCCUCCACAACAUCCGUGAGUUCAUCACCGUCCUCGACAACAUCUCAGAGAAAUUCGAAACCAAAAUGACCUUCGAACGUUCCCUUCACACCGAAAAGUACGUAGAGGAAUUCAUCUACAGCAUCAAGGAAAUCAAGAGAGAACUCAAGCAAACCAUCAACACCGAAGUUUUCACCAACUUGCCUGAACUCAAGAUCCGCUUCCUCCGUUACAUUGAAGUUGUUGCUGCCGAAUUUUGCAGAUUGAUCGAGAACCAACAAGUAUACGGUCUCGAAAGUUUCGUGGUCAAGGACAUCUUUAACAAAUUCAUCUCCUUCUUGAACAAGGUCAGCUACGAACGCAGCUACGUCUCCGAGCACUACCCAAUCAAAGGAUUCAACGGUUUCUCCUCCAAGUAUUACAAGGACAACACCAUCGUCCCAACCAAUUACAACAGCUACUCCCACGGGCUCCCAACUGUUUACAACCAAUUGUACUAAAAUGUGGUUUGCUGUGAUUACUUGUGAUCUCAGUAUUUAAAUAAAUCUGACCUUUUUUUGUAUA